UAUUUCCUAUAAGAUACUGAUCUUCAAUCUCGUUUGUUUUUACCCCACUUUCCACCCCUCCUUCUAUAGUUCUCAAAAUGGUGCUCGACUAUAGCAAGUGGGACGCUCUCGAGCUUUCAGACGACUCGGAUAUCGAGGUACACCCAAAUGUCGACAAGCGAUCUUUCAUUCGAGCCAAACAGGCGCAGAUCCAUCAGCAACGAGAACAACGACGUCUCAACAUUAAGACCCUGAAGUAUGAACGCAUCAUUAACGAUGGCUUACUUUCGCGCAUUGAGAAACUUCUUACAUCUUUCAAGGAGAAAGAGGGUUCCUCAUCCAAUCCCGAGGAAGUUAUCUUCUCAACACUUAUGGAAUUAGCGAGUAAUCCGGAAGACGAUCAGCCCCCCUCACCUCCGGAGGGCGUCCAUACCCAAGAAAGGGAGCAACCGAAGUACUCCCAGAUGAUGAGCUCCCUGGUGGACCAGGUCAAAGCCGAGGUUGAAGAAUCGAAACACGACAACGUAUUUGAAGCAUAUGUCAAGGGUGUGCAAGGACAUAAGGACAAGGUGCAGGAAUUGCAAAAGGAACUUCUCACAAAGCUCGCUGAGCUUGAGAAAGAGGAGGGCAGCAAAAUCACAAGUGAAUCUAUUCAUACAGGCUUUGAUACCUCCCACGUAUCUAAGGCUAAGGCUAAGGAUAAGGUGCCAGCGUCAGAGAGAGCUACUUCAGUCGAGCUUCUGAAUCCGAAGGCGGCAACAGAACCUUCAAAUCAGGAGUCCAAUGACAAUGAGGCUGUCGACGACCCGGAUAGUAUACAAGCAAGUGCGCUAGCGAAGAAAUUUGCGAAGAUUGACCGCAAUGACUACAGAGCUCUGCAUCAAUUCAUAUCAGACCAUCCGGAAAUCGUUGCGGAGAAGGAAACAGACGGGUUACUGGUUGAAGCGUUCAAUAGCCAGAUGGAGGGCAAAGAAACCUAUGCUCGUCAGUGUGUACACCAAGGACUUUUAUUGCAAUACUGCCGCUCUCUCGGUCCUGAUGGGAUUUCGCUUUUCUUCAAGCGUAUCACGACAAGGGAGCACCAGGCAGGUACCCUUUUCCGAAACGAUGUCAACGAAACCUAUAAUAAGAUCAAGACUCGUGCCGCUGAACUAGCCAAGGAUAGCUCUGCGUCCAACGAUCCUGCCGGGGUGGAGCAGAUACAACUUCACGCUGUCGAUCCGAACACGAAGAUUACCAUUAACAUCCCUCGGAGCGAGAGCAACGAACCCGUCGAAAUCGAAGCGCGAAAGAUUUUUGAGUCUUUCUCUAAAGAACUGCAAACAGCGCUGGAGUCUGAAUCAUUAGAUGAGGUUAACAAAGUUCUCGGGAAGAUGAGUGUUGAAGAGGCCGAAGAUGUCGUGGAGAAGCUCGGAGAGAGCGGCAUGCUUAGUCUGGAGGAAGGUAUCGUCGAUGCCACGACGGAAGAGGGCAGGAAGAAGCUCGAGGAGAUCGAAGCUGAGGGUAAAAAGGGGAGGCAAUUGGAGAAAGUUGGUGAACCUGGAGGGACUGUAACUGAGCUGGAUUGA